AUGUCUUCCUCGGUCUCGACUGUCCCUUUCGCGGACCCUCUAUGGCUUAACCGCUACUAUAGUCCAUAUUACAACGACUCACAUCGUCGGCUUCAGAAGGAAGUUCGCGAAUAUGUUGAUACCUACAUCACACCAUUCUGCGAAGAAUGGGAGAAACAGGGAUUUGUACCCCCCGAGGUUCAACGGCGCCACGCAGAAUUAGGAUACACGGCUGUGGCAUCCUUUCCCUUGGCGGCGGAUUACCUCAAUGGCCAGCGACUCCCAGGCGACGUCAACCCCCAAGAGUGGAAUGGGUUCCACGAUCUUGUUGUCAUUGAUGAGUUAGCUCGCUGCGGAUACCUGGGAAUUAUCUGGGCACUUGGCUGCGGAAACUCGAUUGGAGGACCGCCCGUUAUCAACUUUGGCAAUGCAGAGCAGAAGCAGCGAUUCCUACCCGACAUGUUGAGUGGAAAAGUUAGAUUCUGCUUGGGAGUGACAGAACCAGAUGCUGGAUCAGAUGUCGCUGGCAUUACUACAACCGCCGAGAGGAAGGGCGAUGUGUAUAUCGUCAAUGGCGCCAAGAAGUGGAUCACCAACGGUAUCUUUGCAGACUACUGUACGGCAGCUGUGCGGACUGGAGGGGAAGGGACACAGGGCAUCUCUGCCUUGAUCAUUCCCAUGAAGGCCCCCGGUGUUACAUGCAAGAAGAUUGAUAAUUCAGGUGUUCAUGCCAGUGGGUCGACUUACAUUGAAUUUGACGAAGUCGAGGUGCCUGUAGCGAACUUGGUUGGCGUCGAGAACAAAGGAUUCCCAGUUAUCAUGAACAACUUCAACCAUGAACGUCUUUGGCUAGCAUGCACAUCUCUUCGUAUGGCCCGAGUUUGUGCAGAGGAUUCCUACAAGCACGCCAUUUCACGUGAAACAUUCGGCAAGAAGCUCAUCGAGAACCAAGUCAUUAGAUCCAAAUUCAGCGCUAUGGCUCGUAGCCUGGAUUCUACUUAUGCCUGGAUGGAACAGCUCGUUUACAUCUCAGAAGAGGCAAAGCGGAAUGGCACUGAUGCCGGAAUGGGCGGUUUGUUUGCAAAUCUCAAAGUGCUCGCUGGUCAAACCUUGGAAAAGGUUAAUCGAGAGGCUCAGCAAGUGAUGGGUGGGCUUGGAUAUUCCAAGAAUGGGCGCGGUGCAAGAAUUGAACAAAUCAGCCGUGAUGUUCGCGUGAUGGUUGUGGGUGGCGGCAGUGAAGAAAUACUUUCUGAGUUGGCCGUUAACCAGGAAACUAAAGUGAUGAAGAAGCUGCAGAGCAAGCUCUAG